AUGGCGUGGCGCGGCGUGGCGCGGCGUGCAACUCGGAACUUCACGCCGACGCGCAGCUCCCGACGCGGGCCCAGAGCGGGUCGCGGGUCGUUAGCGGGUCGCACGAUCGCUGCACGCACGAUCGAUGUCGUCACCCUUCCGCCUUCCAUCCAUCCGUCCAUCCAUCCGUCCGUCCGUCCGUCCGUCUCUCUUCCGCCGCUCGCCGUUCGCUUCCCGUUCUUCGAACAAACAAAGACGCGCACGCGUCAGUGUCGUCUGCCUUCUAUGCGUGUCGACUCGGACGCUAUUUAUGGCUCCCGGGGUGUGGGGCCGAGUCUCUUGGGUGCUGACUUUUGCCUGGCUGGCUGGCUGGCUGGCUGGCUGGCCGGUUUGGGUGCCAUCACGGCACCUCGCCCGCCCUUCUCUUCUCUUCUCUUCUCUCGCCUCCCCUUCUCUUCUUUCUUUCCCUCUCGAUCGCACACCCGACCGAUCGACCGACCCGACACGGUCCACGCCCGCCCCCGUCUGCCCGCGUCUUCAUUUGGAAAUGCAUACGACGACGACGACGACGACGACGACGGAGGAGCGCUCCCCUCGCCCUCAGCUUCGCUCGUGUUUACGCGCUUCCAUCGUGCGACGGGACCUCAGGCCGCGGCACAGAAAAUGACAGAACAGGGCAGAGCACAGUGGAGCGGGCUGGAUCUACCCAGGGCACCGUGGCGCGGCAAUGACAUCAGGCUCGCGCGCAGCCCCCAGUCCCUCGGUCUGGGCCGCAAACCCCUUGGCGGCGGUGUCUGCGCUCAUGCUGGCGCGGCGAGCACGUCGCUUCGGGCGGCUCGAGCGCGUUUCGAGGCGAGUCUGAGACGCUCUGCGUCUCAAGGCGUCGUUUCUGCUGCUCCGAGACUCGAGCGCGCGUUCGUGCGCUGUGCACAACAACAAUGGUCCCACGAGCCCGAACGAGCGCCGGCUCGCGAUCGCGUUUCCGCCCAUUAUAGAUCCCUGGGCUCUAUCCUCGUGCCGCGUCUGUUGCCGCCGUCGCUGCUGUCGCCGCAUCCCUUGAUCUCUGGACCCCCGAUCGGUUCUUGCGGUCGGAAAACAGAUCUCUGA